AUAUCACGAUCCGUUCUCCUCUCCCCUCUUCACUCCAAGUUCUCACGCGCUCUCUCCGUUCCUGUCAUCGUCUGUUUCAACUGUCAUAGUCACUGCACUAACGCCAUCAACCCUUGGACGUUUUCCUUGUUUGCUUUUAGACGGUAAAUAAGAUUCGUUUACACGCUGCAUGGGAGGCAUUAAUUCACGGAAUAUGGAUAUUGAACAUGAUCCAGGACUUGCUGCUGUCUUGCAAUAUCUAAUACGCAGCGGUCAAUUACAUAUCAUAUCUUCGGAUCAUGAUGACUCGGAUGAGGAAUACGCCGCAAAUUCACAACCUCCAAGAAUUACGACUUUGCCAAAUACAUCCAGGCUAGAUAAAAGUGAAAUAAGUCUUGCUACAAAGCAAGCAUGUGGAUUUAUGGAUAAUAUUGAUAAGCGUAACCUCUCUGUCACAUCGAUGAUUCAAAGAAGAGCUCUAGGUCCUAGUUUUAGUACAGGUGAACGGUGCAGAAUAAGUAGCAAUUUUUUACCAAAUAAGAUGCAUCAGGUUGCUAAAUAUAAUACCAAAGCAUUUUGUGGUUCUUACUCCAAAGAUGGAAGAUUUUUCUUAACUGCCAGUCAAGACAAAUUUUUACGUCUUUACCGAACACACGAUGGAGAUUUUGUACAAUUCAAAACCAUUCCUGCACGUGACGUAGGUUGGAGUAUCCUAGACACAGCGUUCAGUCCCGAUGGGAAUUAUAUAGUUUAUUCCAGUUGGUCGGAAUGUUUAUAUCUUUGUCCCGUUUACGGAGAUUCGAGUGCCCAAGAAUCCUUAUCAUUGUGUCCAGAGGAUCGACGAUUUUGCGUAUUUUCGCUUGUAUUUUCUAGCGAUGGUCGAGAGAUUUUAGGUGGAGCAAACGAUGGUUAUCUUUACGUUUAUGACAGAGAGUGUCAUCAACGUGCUUUCAGAAUCGAAGGUCAUGACAACGAUGUAAAUACGGUUGCUUUUGCGGACAAUACUUCUCAAAUCCUAUACAGCGCUGGUGAUGAUGGCCUCUGCAAGGUUUGGGACAGAAGAACUUUGAAUGAAACUGAUCCACAUCCCGUUGGAGUACUAGCUGGUCAUAUGGAUGGGAUAACGUAUAUUGAUCCACGUGGUGAUGGCCGUUAUUUGAUUACUAAUAGUAAAGAUCAAACAAUCAAAUUGUGGGACGUACGUGCAUUUUCCGAUCAUAACGGAGAACAAAAUACACGUAAAGCUGUUGCAAAUCAAAACUGGGAUUAUCGAUGGCAACGAGUACCAAAACGACUGCAUAAAGCGAAAAAUAUGUUAGAAGGUGAUACCAGCAUUAUGACCUAUCGUGGCCACUCCGUUCUUCAAACUUUAAUACGUUGUCAUUUUUCACCUUCGUCUAUUACCGGCCAAAGAUAUAUUUACACCGGAUGCGCUGCAGGUCGGGUAAUAAUUUACGAUGUUUUGACGGGUAGGAUAGUUAGUAGUUUGGUAGGACACAAAGGAUGCGUGCGUGAUGUUAGUUGGCAUCCAUUUCAUCAGGAAAUUGUUUCAACAUCUUGGGAUGGUGCAAUUGUUAGUUGGCGAUAUGCUGGGAAGACAGCACUCGAUAAUUCCGAUUCGGAAGAGGAAACUGACGCAGAAUCACCUCCGCGUACUUUAAGACGAAGUCAACGAAUAGCUGCUCAAAGAGCAGCUAAACACAGCAGAGCAGUAGCGUGUUGAGUAUCGUAAAUGUCAACCGGGAAAUUAAAUAUUCUCGGGAAUUCAGUCUUUUCGUUCCUACGAGAAAAAAGUUAAUAAUGCCUAGUGUUUACGGCAGAGCAAUUUUGUAUCGGUGACUAUUGUUACUCGCCGAAAUUCAAGAGACUAACUGUUUCUACAAGACUGAGUUUUCACUGAAUAUACGCACCAUUUCAGAAUCAAUGCUGCCAUUCUGAUAUCGGAAUAAUAGUGCGUCAUCAAACCUAAACGCAUAUUUGUAAGACAAAAGACGCGGGCACGACAGCACCGGCUAUGUAACUCAUUCUCGUAGAACCGAAUUUCUUUUUAUCCGAUAUUUAACGAUUGCUUUCUUUUAUAUUAAAUCCAAGUGGAGGAAAUUUUUAGGCGUUAUUAUUUUCUACCGCAAAGUGGGUAAUACACUAGACAGACGAACACACACACAUAUGUAUAUAUGUCUUUCUGUAUGUAUAUAUGAAUGUAUGUAUGCAUGCAUGCAUGCAUGUAUGUAUGUAUGUAUGUAUGUAUGUAUGUAUGUAUGUAUGUAUGUAUGUAUGUAUGUAUGUACGCAUGUACGUACGUAUAUAUGUAUGCAUGUAUGUAUGUAUGUAUGUAUGUAUGUAUACUAUUGUUUAAAAGUGAUGUUUGAACUCGGGUCAGGAAAGUGUCUUUCUUACGAAGCGAAGGUUUUUCUCCAUCUCUUUGUUUCUCCUUCUCCAAUAAUUCCCCUUCUCUACCUCCCAGCAUCCCUUCUGCCGAUAACCAGCUGUUUAAUUUACCAUCUCUUUCUGUCUGAUUCUUCUAUUUUCUUCUAUUUUCAGAGGAGAAAUGUCUUUGAUUCGUAUCGCAUUAUAACAGUGCACUAAUUAUAAGUUUCUGUUUUAAUCUUUGUCUGUGGGGAGUAAGUUAUUGUUAUAAAAAUACAAACAACAUUUGCUUUUCCUGUUAAGAAGAAGAAAGUUAUUAUUUUUCCUCCAUAUAAUUCCUUGUACGAAUAAAUUAUGUAUAAUUUUAUGAAUGACGAGAAAAUGAGUACGACAACAAACGGAAGUGAAGAAUAUGCAAUGAAAAAAAAUGGGAAAAAUUUGUAACCGGAUAUAGUUUGUUCUCAAGGUGACCAAAUGUGGAAAAGAUGUUGUUGUGUACAUUUUUCGAUGUACGUAUUUUACUAGGUAUGUUUAAAUGUCGCGCACGAUUUUCCAAAAAUGUACAGAUAUACAUAAAUAUAUAGAAACAUUAUACAGACACUCCACAUAAAUCCAUCUACACACGCACACACACAUUUACAGACCUAUACACUCGCGCGUGUAUAUAUUUAGAUAUACAUACAUUAUGUUAUAUUAAACAUGUAUACUAAUAAAUUACUAGAAAAUAA